CCUUCCCUUCUUCUUUAAAACUUUCUAGUUGAUCCAUAUAAAUUUCCUCAUGCAAGUCACCAUGGAGAAAUGCAGUUUUCACAUCUAACUGCUCAAGCUCAAGCUCAAGAUUCAUAAACUUUCAGCCAUUCAGCUAGGUCUAGUGGUAUGGUUCUGUCUUCUACUUAAACUGCAGUGGAAAUCUAAUGCCAUAAGUCUGACAAAAAUAAGGAUAAUGAGUUCCUUCGUUACAUUGCCUUGAAUGCUGGUUAGUGGGUCCCUCUAUGGGGCUCUUCUUGGCUCCCUCUAUGGGGCUCUUCUUGGCUCCCUCCUUGUUUACACAAUUUGCAGAUUUCCUUGGGAGAAGAAGGGAACUUAUAUCAACUGCAUUGCUAUAUGUACUUGGCACUUUGAUAACAGCCCUCGCUCCAGGCCUUGGUGUUCUCUUAGCAGGACGGCUACUCUAUGGCCUUGGUAUUGGCUUGUUGGAAUAUUUUGUAGGAAACUUUCAAAUUAACGCCAUUGGAGGAUGGCCUUACAUGUAUGGAUUCAGUGCCCAAGUAGCAUUACUUAUGGGAGUUGGCAUGUGGAGUCUUCCACCAUCACCAUGGUUGUUACUUCUUAGGGCAGUUCAGGGUAAAGGACCUUUACUACAGUACAAAAAGGAGGCCACCCUUGCACUAAGCAAAUUAAGGGGCUGGUCUCCCAAUGAUGAAGCCUCUGAGAGUUAAAUAGAAGAUACCCUCAUCUCAGUAAAGUCUACUAAUGUGGAAAAGGAAUCUGAGGGGAAUUUCCUGGAGAUAUUUCAGGGGCCAAGUUUGAAGGCUUUUAUAAUUGGUGGUGGUUUGGUUCUCUUUCAACAGGUAUUUCUCAUUUUUGCUGGCACAGACAGUUUACAGUUAUUUUCUUUUAAGUUGUAUUAUGCAUUUUUAUUUUAUGGUUCUUCUAACAAACAAGUAAUGGAGAU